AGGGGGGCGGGGUCCAACGGGCGAAGCCGUUUCCAUGGUGACAAGCCCGGACUGAAUCAUGUCGGAUCUCGGCUCGGAAGAGAUCGAAGAGGAGGCUGAGAAUGAUUUGGGGGUCAGUGUGCGGGGAGGGAGGGGAGGAGGAAGAUGUAGGAAGGGAUACGUGUGCAGGUUAAUCGUUUGGGUCAGAAAAAAGCCCAAACGCACUUACUAGGAAGUAAGCCCCAUUGAGCACAGUGGGACUUGCUUCUGAGUAAACAUGCCCAGGUAAGACCAUUUUCUGAAUGAACUCCCCACCCUCUUGAAUGGAGAACUUGUGAAGUAAAGAAAGAGGGGUUUUUUUUGCAGAGAGUUUCAUGCACGUUUGCAUUAUGGUAGAAACAGUUUGGGAAAGGUAAAACACCUGUUUCCAUGAAGCAAAAAGUGGAACUUUUUAUCAUUAUUAUUACUGGGAGUUUGAUUCAGAAUCUGAUCCGCAAUAUGGAGACACACUCUGGUGCCUCACCCCAUGUUUUCAGAAAUUAUUGUCUUUUAGUCCUUUACUUUGUCCAGCCAUUGCGAAAGCCUCAGCAUCCAAAUUGUGUGGAUGCAAAGGAGCCUUAGGCAAACGCUUGAUUUACAUGAUUUAUUUAAAAUAGAGGAAAUGACAUGGUGAAUUACGGAAUUUGAGAUUUUACAAAGCAUUCUAGAGAGAAAGCUGUUGACUUUUAAGCUCUUGCCUAAGGUGCUUACUUGGCAGAAAUCAAUAUAGAAAUAAUUUAAAAACAAUAAUUGUAUGGUUAGAAGAAAUACUAUGCAUAGAAUGCUGCACCGACAGAAGAGUCUAUACAACAACGUCUUAAAAUUAUUCAUAUUAAAACAAAAGAGAAAACUAUUUUCAGGGUAUCUAUUAAGGACACACGCCAUUUCACCUGCAGUUGAACUUAAUAGGACUUACUUCUGAGUACACAUGCAUAGAUAGGAUUGCGCAGACCGACAAAGAAAGAGAUAUUUGCAGUAUAUAAUAUUUUGUAUUCACCUUGUUUUUUAUGAGGAGAAGCCAUAGCUAAGUGCAUGCAGCAGGUCCUGGAUUUAGGCCCCCAGCACCUCCAGUUUGAAACUAGAGAGCUGCUGCUAUUCAGUUUCCAAAUGAGUGGAUGUGUUUGUCUGUUGUAAUAAAAACAAGAAAGAGUCUUGUGCUAGCUUAAAAACAAACAAAUUUAUUAUAGCAUAAUAUUAGUCAUUGUUGAGGUAAUACUGGAUUAAUGGUCUGACUUUGUAAAAGGCAGCUUGCUUUGUUGGAUGACCAGAUGCAAAAGAGGACAGAGGUCCUUUCUCUUUAAUAAUUGUGCAGAAGGGAAUGCUGCAGGCAUAGUUUACAUGACAAGCUACAGUUAAAACUACUGCAAAACCUGCAUAUACCUGCUGAAAUCCUCUCUUCUCCUACACAACUACUAAGUGUGAAGGAGCUCUUUCCUCUUGCUUUCAGCUACCCUAUUCCUCUCUUUAUACACAAAAGAUAUAAGUAGACUUAAGUCAUGCUGACUCCUGUGUUUUAGCCGAAUGACAACUAUCUGAUCUCAUUCAAGUAGGAAUAUGAAGGAGAACGCAAUGAAGCUGGUGAACGGCAUGGGCAGGGAAAGGCCAGAUUACCCAAUGGUGAUACCUAUGAAGGACAAUAUGCAAAUGGUAGAAGAAGUGGACAGGUAUGACUUAUUUUGAAAAGCAUUUGCCCAUUCUCUAUGCUAAUAUCUUAGCCUAUAACCCAAACACACUUUGCUGUGGGGUGGGGCUAGACUGGGGAGAGAGACUCCCGCCUAUGAAGUCACACCAGUAUCACUCUGAUAUGGUGGAGCUCUCCACUCAAGUCACCAAAUGGGUGGAGUGACACCUCAAAACAGAAUAUUCCAGGCGCAGGAAUUGGACUCAGCCAGUCCAGGGACCUCUAGUUUCUCAAGGUGGCCCUACUACCAACAUUUGACAGGAUCAAGACCAAUUCAGGCCUAACUGCUAUGCCAGCUCCAGACUGUUACAACAGUUUGUUUGCUCCCCUGCCUUUUUGUGAGUGUCAGGGCUGCAGAUGCCCCUGUGAUUCUGUCGUUGCCCAGCUGGAGUUUGGAUUGUCUUGAAACUCAUUUUAUACUUCUUAUGUAGUGGCAUCAUCCACACACAAGAAGGAAAUGUUAGCAUAUUUGCAGAAAUAUUUCUUUAAAAGUAGGGGGAAAAGUUCUAAGUAGAGCAGGGACCCCAAACCAUCCAAUGGGGACUGAGCAUGCUCAGUAGACAUGUAAUGCUGACCGAUGGGGGAACGAGGGCAGUUGCAGUUUCUGCUUGUUUAGUGUAUAUUGGCCAUUUUCAUAAUAUAUAUGCUUUAGUAAAACAACCAGAGCAUGAACAAUAAGUUUCUAUAAUGUAUAUGUUUCAGGGAUUGUACAGAUUCAAGAAUGGUGCACGCUACAUAGGAGAAUAUUUCGAUAAUAAAAAACAUGGCAAAGGAAUCUUUUAUUAUCCAGAUGGAUCCCGAUAUGAUGGUAAAUUGUAUUUUCUCUGUUCGGAUUUAAAUGUGAGGAUUUUGAUGACUAGUGAAGUGUACCCAUUCGUGAUCAGGUCCUGCUUGUGAGCUUCCCAUAUGCAUCUAGCUGGCUAUUGUGAGAAUGCUGGAUUAGAUAGGCCUUUGGCCUGAUCCAGCAGGGCUCUUCCUAUGUACUUAAGAUAACAUGAAAGAUAUAGUGGGUGAAUAGAGAAUUGCCACAGUGGGUCCACUCAAUACGUGAGUUGGCUGGGGCACAAUGGUGGGUGUGAAAGCACAGCGACACAACGUAUGGUCUUGCGUGAGUGCCAAAUGCAGAUUAGCAGAACCAGGAUGUUGCCUCGCUGUGCCAACAAUAACUGCUAUGAUUAGAUGCUGGCUCAAGUGCAAUCGGCAAAGCUGCUAUGUGAAACAAAGAAUGAGUAGAGUGAGUGACUGGGGAUGCUGAAUCAGCUUCUCAGAACCCUAAAAGCUUUCUAUCAUUAUGGAGCGAGUAAACAAUAAGGAGAGUAAACACAAUGUGUGGUGGUUAGGCUCCCCUUUAUAGAAAAGGUAGGAGAUCUACAUUGCGAACAUGGAAAUUGUGGUGAGAAGAGUGAGAACUUACUGUUUUGAUGCAACUUUGCACACAUAAUAUUUGAAAUAAUCUCUCCUAAUGAACAUAUAUGUAGCUUCUUUAUAACACCAGACUAUUGUGUGUCUAGCUAGUAGAAUGUAUAUUGGUCACACUCUUAUGCAGGACAUUUGUAUUUAUGUAAUCAGUUACUCCAGUUAUAUUGCCUUAUCACAGUACAGGAUUAUUUUAGUUCAGUUUGCUUUACAUUUCUCAAUUGUAUUCAGUAAUAUUUGUGUUUUUAAGAAAAUCAUUAUAUAAAUAUUGAACACUUGCCACCAUGAUAACAAAUGUAUUAUUUGUAAUCAAGCCAAAUAUUAAGUACUCUGGUUUAUAAAGAAAUGGAUACAAAAUAGUGCAUAUGUUUCUAUUGUAUUCAUUGCAGGAGAGUGGGUGGAGGACCAAAGACAUGGAAAUGGCAUUUACUACUAUGUAAAUGGAGACACAUACGAUGGAGAGUGGUUCAAUCACUACAGGUUGUUCGACUGAAACUUUAGGUUUCUUUUACAUUUUUGAGUGAAUGAUAAAUUCUGGUGGGAUCUGAAACAAAUGUGUAGUGUAUCCUCACCUCUUAGUAGUCCUGUUGUUCAGGGAUUCUAGCCAGCUUCAAACAGGAGCCUUGUAGUAUUGUCUAGGCUUUUCAGGAAACAAAAGGGUACUUCUGUCCCUGCCUCCACUUCACAUCCCAAGAUCAUCUUCUGCUGUGCUACAUAAUGCUAGAGCACUGAGGUUUGGGGCUGACUGACAGUCCUGAACCUAAGCAUUUUAUUGCUGUAUGUCAGGUGUGCUUUCCGGGGAAUGUGAAAGUGAAAACGUACCCUUUUCCCUCUUCUUUCUCCCACAGUGUCCCCAAACAGUACAGUGAGGAGAGUUUUUUAGUCUUCUGGCAGUCAUCCUUGGCAGUGGGGUUUAAAUUUGGUGCUGAAUCCAAGAAUUGGUUCCAUACAAAAUACUGGAAGAAUUUGGGAUUUUAGUGUAGCUGUGAUUUGGCAGCUUCCUGCUCCAAGUUCCUGUCUUACAGGAGAAUACACAAGUUCUCUCUCCAGACAAUGAGAUUAGUUGCUCUAGUGUUUUCUUCUCUUUCUUUUUAUUCUCUCAAACCUGAAAGCUCCAAAUUUCUUGUUAGGUCAUUUUGGUUACUCUGCCCCCUUUCUUUCAAUUUGUACAUUUCAAUACAGUGGUACCUCAGGUUAAGAACUUAAUUCGUUCUGGAGGUCCAUUCUUAACCUGAAACUGUUCUUAACCUGAGGUACCACUUUAGCUAAUGAGGCCUCCCGCUGCUGCCACACGAUUUCUGUUCUCAUCCUGAAGCAAAGUUCUUAACCUGAGGUACUAUUUCUGUGGAGCCUGUAACCUUAAGCGUCUGUAACCUGAAGCGUCUGUAACCCGAGGUACCACUGUAUUCCAAAUCCAAUGGGGCUUAUUCCCAGGUAACUGGAUAUAGGACUGCAAUUUUAAUUUUUAGCUUGUUGUUUCCCCUAGAAAUCAAUUGAAUAAUCAAUUUAAAUUCGUUAUUUAAAUCACUUUGAUUUGAGGGCAGGUCCACACCUCGGCUUGCUUUGCUGCUUUUCCCUGAGAAAAUUUGCAGUGUCCUGCUGAAUCAUACAAAACAGCAACUGAGUUGUCUGCAGAUUGCUGUUUGUUCCGAUUCAGCAGGUUUUUCAGAGCGGGUUUUCCGGGGGAAAGCUGCAGAGCAAAUGCAAAACCAUUGGGACCUGUGCCUUUAAAGUAUGGGGCAAGCGGAAAAUGGAAGCGGAAGUUUCGAUGAGCACUUAAUCCAGGCAUGUCCAAAGCCUGUUACGGGGGCCUAAUCUGACCCCUGUGGCAGUUUAUUUCCUGGGGUAAAAUCCCCCCAAAACCUCAAUCAACAACAAAUGUACAAUCCUUAAAAAAGGUCAACAACCUUGGUUGGCCCUCACACAUGUUCACUUCAUCAAAUCCGGCCCUCUUUGAAAAAAGUUUGGGCACCCCUGGAAUCAGUACAGCCUGUGACAAUCGGAGGAAGCUAACUUUGGUGUCCAUAAUCAAGAUGUGAGGUUUCCACCUGUUUAAUGUGAAACUGUUCUUUGUCUCUCCAUAGGCAUGGGCAAGGUACAUAUCUGUAUGCAUUAACUGGCUCUAAAUAUGUUGGCACCUGGGCAAAUGGACAACAAGAAGGAGCUGCUGAACUUAUUCACCUAAACCAUAGAUACCAGGGGAAGUUUGUGAAUAAAAAUGUAUGUAUGCUAUUGUAUUGUAUUGAUCUGUUGAGAUUUUUGAUGUUAUCUUUCAUUAUCUUUCAAAAACAUUUAUUUAUUUGAACAUUGAACAUAUUGGACAUUUAUUUAUUUAUUUAUUUAUUAUUGUUUAAUUAACUGAAAAGAUUUAUAUGCUGCUUAAUUGACAAAAACCUCUUAAAGUUUUGUGUAGAAUAAUAUAAAUUAAUCAUUAAAAUACCAAAUGAAAUCAGUUGUUAAAACCAAUGGAAGUAUAAUAUAAAUAUAAACAAAUGGGGUAGGCAGUGUGCGGGCUGAAAUCGGUUUUAACAAUCUCCACUUUUUGAAAUAUGGCAACCCUUUAUUAUAGAGUGAUGCGGCAUUAAGUUACAACAGCAGCAAACUGCGAUGCCAGAACCAUCACUAUGGAAUCGGGUUGUGCGAUGGGGACCCAGGGAUCACCUAGCCUCGCAGGACCCCUGGAGCCUGAUCAAACAACACCUUUCCAUAACAAUGGUUGCGCUCUCACUGGGGUCAGGCUGUCGUGACCCCUGGGGACCCAUCGCACCCCCGUUUCCAUAGCGAAGGUUCUGGACUUGCAGGGGUAUGACUGAGUGAUCCCUGGUACCCCAUCGCACAACCUGUUUCCAGAGCGAUGCUCCCAUUUCCAUAGCAAUAAUUCCGGCCUUGCAGAGGUCAGACUGGGACGAUGACGCACAACCCGUUUCCUGAGCGGUGAUCAUGAGCUCGCAAGGUUCAGGCUGUUUGAACCCUGGGUCUGCAACAUACAACCUAUUUCCAUAGCGACAGUCCCAUUUCCAUAGCAACGGCUCAUGCCUGACAGGCUGACCCUCGGGACUCCAUCAGAAAACGGUGACGGUUCAUGCCUCGCAGGGGUCAGGCUUGGUAACCCCAGGGCCUGGGUGCGCAGCCCGUUUCCCGAGCGAAGGUCAUGAGCUCGCAAAGGUCAGGGUGGGUGACCUGUGCGGCCACAAUGUAAAACCCGUUUCCAUAGGGACAAACCCAUUUCCAUAGCAAUGGCCCUAUUUCCAUAGCGAUGGCCCCUGCCUCACAGAGAUCAGGCUGGUUGAUCCGCGGGACUCCGUCACAAAACCCGUUCCCUGAGUGAUGGUCCCCAGCUCGCAAGGGUCUGGCUGGGAGACCCUUGGGUCCUCAACCUAGAACCCGAUUACAUAGCCACGAACCCGUUUCCAUAGCGAUAGUCCCAUUUCCAUAACGAUGGUCCCUGCCUCAAGGGGUCAGGCUGGGUGAUGCUCGGGACUUCGUCACAGAGCCCGUUCCUCGAGUGAUGGUCCCCAGCUCGCAAGGGUCAGGCUCGGAGACCCUUGGGUCCCCAACCUAUAACCCAUUUCCAUAGAGACGGUACAGUUUCCAUAGCGACGGUUCCUGCCUCGCAGUAGUCAGGCUGAGUAGACUCAGGGGCCCGGUCGUAUAACCUGUUCCCUGAGUGAUUGUCCUGAGCCCGCAAAGGUCUGGCUGGGAGACCCUUGGGUCCUCAACCUAGAACGGGUUUCCAUAGUGACGAACCCGUUUCCAUAGCGAUAGUCCCGUUUCCAUAGCGACGGUCCCUGCCUCACUGGGGUCAGGCUGGGUGACGCUCAGGACUCAAUCACAAAUCCCGUUCCCUGAGUGAUUGAUGGUCCCCAGCUCGCAAGGGUCAGGUUUGGAGACCCUUGUGUCCCCAACCUAAAACCCAUUUCUAUAGCAACGGUCCUGUUUCCAUAGCGACGGUUCCUGCCUCGCAGUAGUCAGGCUGAGUAGACUCAGGGGCCCGGUCGUAUAACCUGUUCCCUGAGUGAUUGUCCUGAGCCCGCAAAGGUCUGGCUGGGAGACCCUUGGGUCCUCAACCUAGAACGGGUUUCCAUAGUGACGAACCCGUUUCCAUAGCGAUAGUCCCGUUUCCAUAGCGAUGGUCCGUGCCUCAAGGGGUCAGGCUGGGUGAUGCUCGGGACUCCGUCACAGAGCCCGUUCCCCGAGUGAUGGUCCCCAGCUCGCAAGGGUCAGGUUCAGAGAUCCUUGGGUCCCGAACCCAGAACCCGUUUCCAUAGCGACGAACCUGUUUCCAUAGCGACUGUCCCAUUUCCAUAGCGAUGGUCCCUGCCUCACAGGGGUCAGGCUGGGUGACGCUCGGGACUCCGUCACAGAGCCCGUUCCCCGAGUGAUGGUCCCCAGCUCGAAAGGGUCAGGUUCAGGGUCCCUUGAGUCCCCAACCUAAAACCCAUUUCCAUAGCAACGAACCUGUUUCCAUAGCGACUGUCCUGUUUCCAUAGCGACAGUCCCUGCCUCACUGGGCUCAGGCUGGGUGACGCUCAGGACUCCAUCACAAAACCCGUUCCUCGAGUGAUGGUCCCCAGCUCGCAAGGGUGAGGCUCGGAGACUCUUAGGUCCCCAACCUAGAACCCGUUUCCAUAGCGACGAACCUGUUUCCAUAGCGACUGUCCCGUUUGCAUAGCAAUGGUCUCUGCAUCACAGGGGCCAGGCUGGGUGACGCUCGGGACCCUGUCACAGAAUCCGUUCCCCAAGAGAUGGUCCCCAGAUCGCAAGAGUCAGGCUUGGAGACCCUUGGGUCCCCGUCCCAUUUCCAUACCGACAGUCCUGUUUCCAUAGCGACGGUCCCUGCCUCACUGGGUGACGCUCGGGACUCCCUCACUGAACCCGUUCCCCAAGUGAUGGUCCCCAGCUCACAUGGGUCAGGUUCAGGGUCCCUUGAGUCCCCAACCUAAAACCCGUUUCCAUAGCGAUGAACCUGUUUCCAUAGCGACUGUCCCGUUUGCAUAGCAAUGGUCUCUGCAUCACAGGGGCCAGGCUGGGUGACGCUCGGGACUCCGUGACAGAGCCUGUUCCCCGAGUGAUGGUCCCCAGCUCGCAAGGGUCAGGUUCAGAGACCCUUGGGUCCCCAACCUAGAACCCGUUUCCAUAGCGAUGAACCUGUUUCCAUACCGACAGUCCUGUUUCCAUAGCGACAGUCCCUGCCUCACUGGGGUCAGGCGGGGUGAUCCUACGGAAUCCCUCACUGAACCCGUUCCCCAAGUGAUGGUCCACAGCUCGCAAGGGUCAGGCUCGGAGACUUGGGUCCCCAACCUAGAACCCGUUUCCAUAGCGAUAGUCCCAUUUCCAUAGCGACGGCCCCUGCCUCUCAGGGGUCAGGCUGGGAGACCCUCGGGACUCCGUCACAAAACCCGUUCCUCGAGUGAUGGUCCCCAGCUCUCAAGGGUUCAGAGACCCUUGGGUCCCCAAACUAAAACCCGUUUCCAUAGCAACGGUCCUGUUUCCAUAGCGAUGGUUCCUGCCUCGCAGCAGUCAGGCUGGGUGGACCCAGGGGCCCAGUCGUAUAACCCAUUCCCUGAGUGAUUGUCCUGAGAUCACAAGGGUCUGGCUGGGAGACCCUUGGGUCCUCAACCUAGAAUCCGUUUCCAUAGCGACAAACCCGUUUCCAUAGCAAUAGUCCCGUUUCCAUAGUGAUGGUCCCCACCUCAAGGGGUCAGGCUGGAUGAUGCUUGGGACUCCGUCACAGAGCCCGUUCCCCGAGUGAUGGUACCCAGCUCUCAAGGGUCAGGUUCGGAGACCCUUGGGUGCCCAACCUAGAACCCGUUUCCAUAGCGACGAACCUGUUUCCAUAGCGACUGUCCCGUUUCCAUUGUGAUGGUCCCUGCCUCACAGGGGUCAGGCUGGGUGACGCUUGGGACUCCGUCACAGAGCCCCCCGAGUGAUGGUCCCCAGCUCGCAAGGGUCAGGUUCAGAGACCCUUGAGUCCCCAACCUAGAACCCAUUUCCAUAGCGACGAACCUGUUUCCAUAGCGACAGUCCCGUUUCCAUAGCGAUGGUCCCUGCCUCAAGGGGUCAGGCUGGGUGAUGCUUGGGACUCCGUCACAGAGCCCGUUCCCCGAGUGAUUGUCCCCAGCUCGCAAGGGUCAGGUUCAGAGACCCUUGGGUCCCCAACCUAGAACCCGUCUCCAUAGCAACAAACCUGUUUCCAUAGCGACUGUCCCGUUUCCAUUGCAAUGGUCCCUUGGGUCCGCAACCUAAAACCCAUUUCCAUAGCAACGGUCCCGUUUCCAUUGCGACUGUCCUGUUUCCAUAGCGACGGUCCCUGCCUCACUGGGGUCAGGCUGGGUAACGCUCAGGACUCCGUCACAAAACCCGUUCCCCGAGUGAUGGUCCCCUGCUCGCAAGGGUCAGGUUCGGAGAACCUUGUGUCCCCAACCUAAAACCCAUUUCCAUAGCAACGGUACUGUUUCCAUAGCGACGGUUCCUGCCUCGCAGCAGUCAGGUUGGGUGGACCCAGGGGCCCGGUCGUAUAACCCAUUCCCUGAGUGAUUGUCCUGAGAUCGCAAGGAUCUGGCUGGGAGACCCUUGGGUCCUCAACCUAGAACCCGUUUCCAUAGCGACGAACCCGUUUCCAUAGCGAUAGUCCCGUUUCCAUAGCGACGGUCCCUGCCUCACUGGGGUCAGGCUGGGUGACGCUCAGGACUCCAUCACAAAACCCGUUCCCCGAGUGAUGGUCCCCAGCUCGCAAGGGUCAGGCUCGGAGACCCUUGUGUCCCCAACCUAAAACCCAUUUCAUAGCAACGGUCCUGUUUCCAUAGCGACGGUUCCUGCCUUGCAGCAGUCAGGCUGGGUGGACUCGGGGGCCCAGUCAUAUAACCCAUUCCCUGAGUGAUUGUUCUGAGGGUCUGGCUGGGAGACCCUUGGGUCCUCAACCUAGAACGGGUUUCCAUAGUGACGAACCCAUUUCCAUAGCGAUAGUCCCGUUUCCAUAGUGAUGGUCCGUGCCUCAAGGGGUCAGGCUGGGUGAUGCUCGGGACUCCGUCACAGAGCCCGUUCCCCGAGUGAUGGUCACCAGCUCACAAGGGUCAGGUUCAGGGUCCCUUGAGUCCCCAACCUAGAACCCACUUCCAUAGCGACGAACCUGUUUCCAUAGCGACUGUCCUGUUUCCAUAGCGACGGUCCCUGCUUCACUGGGCUCAGGCUGGGUGACGCUCAUGACUCCAUCACAAAUCCCGUAGCUCGAGUGAUGGGCCCCAGCUCGCAAGGGUGAGGCUCGGAGACUCUUAGGUCCCCAACCUAGAACCCGUUUCCAUAGCGACGAACCUGUUUCCAUAGCGACUGUCCCGUUUCCAUAGCAAUGGUCCCUGCAUCACAGGGGCCAGGCUGGGUGACGCUCGGGACCCCGUCACAGAACCCGUUCCCCAAGAGAUGGUCCCCAGGUCGCAAGAGUCAGGCUCGGAGACCCUUCGGUCCCCGACCCGUUUCCAUAGCGACAGUCCCAUUUCCAUAGCGAUGGUCCCUGCCUCACAGGGGUCAGGCUGGGUAACGCUCGGGACUCCGUGACAGAGCCCGUUCCCCGAGUGAUGGUCCCCAGCUCACAUGGGUCAGGUUCAGGUUCCCUUGAGUCCCCAACCUAGAAUCCAUUUCCAUAUCGACGAACCUGUUUCCAUAGCGACUGUCUUGUUUCCAUAGCGAUGGUCCCUGCCUCACUGGGCUCAGGCUGGAUGACGCUCGGGACUCCCUCACUGAACCCGUUCCCCAAGUGAUGGUCCCCAGCCCGUAAGGGUCAGGCUCGGAGGCUUGGGUCCCCAACCUAGAACCCGUUUCCAUAGCGAUGGUUCUGUUUCCAUAGCGACGGCCCCUGCCUCACUGGGGUCACGCUGGGUGACGCUCCAUCACAAAACCCUUUCCCCGAGUGAUGGUCCCCAGCUCGCAAGGGUCAGGCUCGGAGACUCUUGGGAUCCCCAACCUAGAACCCAUUUCCAUAGCGACAGUCAUGUUUCCAUAGCGAUGGUCCCAUUUCCAUAGCGAUGGUCGUAUAACCCGUUCCCUGAGUGAUUGUCCUGAGCUCGCAAGCGUCUGGCUUGGCUCCUCAACCUAGAACCCGUUUCCAUAGCGACGAACCCGUUUCCAUAGCGAUAGUCCCAUUUCCAUAGCGAUGGUCCGUGCCUCAAGGGGUCAUGCUGGGUGAUGCUCGGGACUCCGUCACAGAGCCCGUUCCCCGAGUGAUGGUCCCCAGCUCGCAAGGGUCAGGUUCAGAGACCCUUGGGUCCCCAACCUAGAACCCGUUUCCAUAGCGAUGGUACUGUUUCCAUAACGACCCCCCUGCCUCUCAGGGGUCAGGCUGGGUGACCCUUGGGACUCCGUCACAAAACCCAUUUCUCGAAUGAUAGUCCCCAGCUCGCAAGGGUCAGGCUCGGAGACCCUUGGGUCCCCAACCUAAAACCCAUUUCCAUAGCAACGGUUCCGUUUCCAUAGCGACUGUCUUCUUUCCAUAGCGACGGUCCCUGCCUCACUGGGGUCAAGUUGGGUGACGCUCCAUCACAAAACCCUUUCCCCGAGUGAUGGUCCCCAGCUCGCAAGGGUCAGGUUCAGAGACCCUUGGGUCCCCAACCUAGAACCCGUUUCCAUAGCGAUGAACCUGUUUCCAUAGCGACGGUCCCUGCCUCACUGGGCUUAGGCUGGGUGACGCUCAGGACUCCAUCUCAAAACCCGUUCUUCGAGUGAUGGUCCCCAGCUCGCAAGGGUCAGGCUCGGAGACCCUUGGGUCCUCAACCUAUAACCCAUUUCCAUAGUGACGGUCCCGUUUCCAUAGCGACUGUCUUGUUUCCAUAGCGACGGUCCCUGCCUCACUGGGUUCAGGCUGGGUGACCCUCGGGACUCCGUCACAAAACCCGUUCCCCGAGUGAUGGUCCCCAGCUCGCAAGGGUCCGGUUUGGAGACCCUUGUGUCCCCAACCUAAAACCCAUUUCCAUAGCAACGGUCCUGUUUCCAUAGCGCCGGUUCCUGCCUCGCAGUAGUCAGGCUGGGUAGACCCAGGGGCCCGGUUGUCUAACCUGUUCCCCGAGUGAUGGUCCUGAGCUCGCAAGGGCUCGCAAGCGAGAUCCUUGAGUCCUCAACCUAGAACCCGUUUCCAUAGCGACGAACCCGUUUCCAUAGUGAUAGUCCCGUUUCCAUAGCGAUGGUCCGUGCCUCAAGGGGUCAGGCUGGGUGAUGCUCGGGACUCCGUCACAGAGCCCGUUCCCCGAGUGAUGGUCCCCAGCUCGCAAGGGUCAGGUUCAGAGACCCUUGGGUCCCCAACCUAGAACCCGUCUCCAUAGCGACGAACUUGUUUCCAUAGCGACUGUCCCGUUUCCAUUGCAAUGGUCCCUUGGGUCCGCAACCUAAAACCCAAUUCCAUAACAACGGUCCCGUUUCCAUAGCGACUGUCCAUAGCGAUGGUCCCUGCCUCAUGGGUCAGGCUGGGUGACGCUCAGGACUCCAUCACAAAACCUGUUCCCCGAGUAAUGGUCCCCAGCUCGCAAGGGUCGGGCUCGGAGACUCUUGUGUUCCCAACCUAGAACCCGUUUCCAUAGCGAUGAACCUGUUUCCAUAGCGACGGUCCCUGCCUCGCAGCAGUCAGGCUGGGUGGACCCAGGGGCCCGGUCGUAUAACCCGUUCCCUGAGUGAUGGUCCCCAGCUUGCAAGGGUCAGGCUCGGAGACCCUUGGGUCCCGAAUCUAAAACCCAUUUCCAUAGCAACGGUUCCGUUUCCAUAGCGACUGUCCUGUUUCCAUAGCGAUGGUCCCUGCCUCACUCGGGUCACGCUGGGUGACGCUCCAUCACAAAACCCGUUCCCCGAGUGAUGGUCCCCAGCUCGCAAGGGUCAGGCUCGGAGACUCUUGGGUCCCCAACCUAGAAUCCGUUUCCAUAGCGACUGGCCUGUUUCCAUAGCGACGGUCCCUGCCGCACUCCGGUCAGCCUGGAUGACGCUCAGGACUCCAUCACAAAACCCGUUGCCCGAGUGAUGGUCCCCAGCUCUCAAGGGUCAGGUUCAGAGACCCUUGAGUCCCCAACCUAGAACACGUUACCAUAGCGAUGAUCCAGUUUCCAUACCGACAGUCCUGUUUCCGUAGCGACGGUCCCUUCCUCACUGGGGUCAGGCUGGGUGACGCUCGGGACUCCCUCACUGAACCUGUUUCCCAAAUGAUGAUCCCCAGCUCGUAAGAGUCAGGCUCGGAGACUUGGGUACCCAACCUAGAACCCGUUUCCAUAGCGAUGGUACUGUUUCCAUAGUGACGGCCCCUGUCUCUCAGGGGUCAGGCUGGGUGAUCCUUGGGACUCCGUCACAAAACCCGUUUCUCGAGUGAUAGUCCCCAGCUCGCAAGGGUCAGGCUCGGAGACCCUUGGGUCCCGAAUCUAAAACCCAUUUCCAUAGCAACGGUUCCGUUUCCAUAGCGACUGUCCUGUUUCCAUAGCGAUGGUCCCUGCCUCACUCGGGUCACGCUGGGUGACGCUCCAGCACAAAACCCUUUCCCCGAGUGAUGGUCCCCAGCUCGCAAGGGUCAGGCUCGGAGAUUCUUGGGGUCCCCAACCUAGAACCCGUUUCCAUAGCGACAGUCAUGUUUCCAUAGCGAUAGUCCCAUUUCCAUAGCGAUGGUCGUAUAACCCGUUCCCUGAGUGUUUGUCCUGAGCUCGCAAGCGUCUGUCUUGGGUCCUCAACCUAGAACCCGUUACCAUAGCGACGAACCCGUUUCCAUAGCGAUAGUCCCAUUUCCAUAGCGAUGGUCCGUGCCUCAAGGGUUCAGGCUGGGUGAUGCUCGGGACUCCGUCACAGAGCCCGUUCCCCGAGUGAUGGACCCCAGCUUGCAAGGGUCAGGUUCAGAGACCCUUGGGUCCCCAACCUAGAACCCGUUUCCAUAGCGAUGAACCUGUUUCCAUAGCAACUGUCCUGUUUUCAUAGCGACGGUCCCUGCCUCACUGGGCUCAGGCUGGGUGACGCUCAGGACUCCAUCACAAAACCCAUUCCUUGAGUGAUGGUCCCCAGCUCGCAAGGGUCAGGCUCGGAGACUCUUGGGUUCCCAACCUAGAACCCGUUUCCAUAGCAACGGUCCUGUUUCCAUAGGGACGGUUCCUGCCUCCAGCAGUCAGGCUGGGUGGACCCAGGGGCCCGGUCGUAUAACCCGUUCCUUGAGUGAUGGUCCCCAGCUCGCAAGGGUCAGGUUCGGAUACCCUUGGGUCCCCAACCUAAAACGCAUUUCCAUAGCAACGGUCCCGUUUCCAUAGCGACUAUCCUGUUUCCAUAGCGACGGUCCCUGCCUCACUGGGGUCAGGCUGGGUGACGCUCAGGACUCCAUCACAAAACCCAUUCCCCGAGUGAUGGUCCCCAGCUCGCAAGGGUCAGGCUCGGAGACUCUUGGGUCCCCAACCUAGAAUCCGUUUCCAUAGCGACUGGCCUGUUUCCAUAGCGACGGUCCCUGCCGCACUCCGGUCAGCCUGGAUGACGCUCAGGACUCCAUCACAAAACCCGUUGCCCGAGUGAUGGUCCCCAGCUCUCAAGGGUCAGGUUCAGAGACCCUUGAGUCCCCAACCUAGAACACGUUUCCAUAGCGAUGAACCAGUUUCCAUACCGACAGUCCUGUUUCCGUAGCGACGGUCCCUGCCUCACUGGGGUCAGGCUGGGUGACGCUCGGGACUCCCUCACUGAACCCGUUUCCCAAAUGAUGAUCCCCAGGUCGUAAGAGUCAGGCUCGGAGACUUGGGUCCCCGACCCAGAACCCGUUUCCAUAGCGAUGGUACUGUUUCCAUAGCGACGGCCCCUGUCUCUCAGGGGUCAGGCUGGGUGACCCUUGGGACUUUGUCACAAAACGCGGUUCUCGAGUGAUGGUCCCCAGCUCGCAAGGGUCAGGCUCGGAGACCCUUGGGUCCCGAAUCUAAAACCCAUUUCCAUAGCAACGCUUCCGUUUCCAUAGCGACUGUCCUGUUUCCAUAGCGACGGUCCCUGCCUCACUCGGGUCACUCUGGGUGACGCUCCAUCACAAAACCCUUUCCCCGAGUGAUGGUCCCCAGCUCGCAAGGGUCAGGAUCGGAGACUCUUGGGGUCCCCAACCUAGAACCCGUUUCCAUAGCGACAGUCAUGUUUCCAUAGCGAUAGUCCCAUUUCCAUAGCGAUGGUCCGUGCAUGAAGGGGUCAGGCUGGGUGAUGCUCGGGACUCCGUCACAGAGCCGGUUCCCCGAGUGAUGGUCCCCAGCUUGCAAGGGUCAGGUUCAGAGACCCUUGGGUCCCCAACCUAGAACCCGUUUCCAUAGCGAUGAACCUGUUUCCAUAGCAACUGUCCUGUUUCCAUAGCGACGGUCCCUGCCUCACUGGGCUCAGGCUGGGUGACACUCAGGACUCCAUCUCAAAACCCGUUCCCCGAGUGAUGGUCCCCAGCUCGCAAGGGUCAGGCUCGGAGACUGGGGUCCCCAACCUAAAAUCCGUUUCCAUAGCGACUGCCCUGUUUCCAUAGCGACGGUCCCUGCCUCAGUGCGGUCAGCCUGGAUGACGCUCAGGACUCCAUCACAAAACCCGUUCCUCGAGUGAUGGUCCCCAGCUCGCAAGGGUCCAGCUCGGAGACCCUUGGGUCCCCAACCUAGAACCCAUUUCCAUAGCAACAAACCUGUUUACAUAGCGACAGUCCCGUUUCCAUAGCGAUGGUCCCUGCCUCAAGGGGUCAGGCUGGGUGAUGCUUGGGACUCCGUCACAGAGCCCGUUCCCUGAGUGAUGGUCCCCAGCUCGCACUGGUCAGGUUCAGAGACCCUUGGGUCCCCAACCUUGAACCCGUUUCCAUAGCAACGAACCUGUUUCCAUAGUGACUGUCCCGUUUCCAUUGCAAUGGUCCCUUGGGUCCGCAACCUAAAACCCAUUUCCAUAGCAACGGUCCCGUUUCCAUAGCGACUGUCCUGUUUCCAUAGCGAUGGUCCCUGCCUCAAGGGGUCAGGCUGGGUGACGCUCAGGACUCCAUCACAAGACCUGUUCCCUGAGUAAUGGUCCCCAGUUCUCAAGGGUCAGGCUCGGAGACUCUUGGGUUCCCAACCUAGAACCCGUUUCCAUAGCGACUGUCCUGUUUCCAUAGCAACGGUCCGUGCCUCACUGGGGUCAGGCUGGGUGACGCUCAGGACUCCGUCACAAAACCCGUUUCCCGAGUUAUGGUCCCCUGUUCGCAAGGGUCAGGUCCGGAGAACCUUUUGUCCCCAACCUAAAACCCAUUUGCAUAGCAACCGUCCUGUUUCCAUAGCGACGGUUCCUGCCUCGCAGCAGUCAGGCUGGGUGGACCCAGGGGCCCAUUCGUAUAACCCGUUCCCUGAGUGAUGGUCCCCAGUUCGCAAGGGUCAGGCUCGGAGACCCUUGGGUCCCCAACCUAAAACGCAUUUCCAUAGCAACGGUCCCGUUUCCAUAGCGACUAUCCUGUUUCCAUAGCGACGGUCCCUGCCUCACUGGGGUCAGGCUGGGUGACGCUCAGGACUCCAUCACAAAACCCGUUCCCCGAGUGAUGGUCCCCAGCUCGCAAGGGUCAGGCUCGGAGACUCUUGGGUCCCCAACCUAGAAUCCGUUUCCAUAGCGACUGUCCUGUUUCCAUAGCAACGGUCCCUGCCUCACUGGGGUCAGGCUGGGUGACGCUCAGGACUCCAUCACAAAACCCGUUGCCCGAGUGAUGGUCCCCAGCUCUCAAGGGUCAGGUUCAGAGACCCUUGAGUCCCCAACCUAGAACACGUUUCCAUAGCGAUGAACCUGUUUCCAUACCGACAGUCCUGUUUCCCUAGCGACGGUCCCUGCCUCACUGGGGUCAGGCUGGGUGACGCUCGGGACUCCCUCACUGAACCCGUUUCCCAAAUGAUGAUCCCCAGCUCGUAAGAGUCAGGCUCGGAGACUUGGGUCCCCAACCUAGAACCCGUUUCCAUAGCGAUGGUACUGUUUCCAUAGCGACGGCCCCUGCCUCUCAGGGGUCAGGCUGGGUGACCCUAGGGACUCCAUCACAAAACGCGGUUCUCGAGUGAUACUCCCCAGCUCGCAAGGGUCAGGCUCGGAGACCCUUGGGUCCCCAAUCUAAAACCCAUUUCCAUAGCAACGCUUCCGUUUCCAUAGCGACUGUCCUGUUUCCAUAGCGACGGUCCCUGCCUCACUGGGCUCAGGCUGGGUGACGCUCAGGACUCCAUCUCAAAACCCGUUCCUCGAGUGAUGGUCCCCAGCUCGCAAGGGUCAGGCUCGGAGACCCUUGGGUCCCCAACCUAUAACCCAUUUGCAUAGCUACGGACCUGUUUCCAUAGCGAUAGUCCCAUUUCACAGUCAGGCUGGGUGACUCGGGUCCGUCAUAACCCGUUCCCUGAGUGUUUGUCCUGAGCUCGCAAGCGUCUGGCUUUGGUCCUCAACCUAGAACCCGUUAUCAUAGCGACGAACCCGUUUCCAUAGCGAUGGUCUGUGCCUCAAGGGGUCAGGCUGGGUGAUGCUCGGGACUCCGUCACAGAGCCCGUUCCCCGAGUGAUGGUCCCCAGCUUGCAAGGGUCAGGUUCAGAGACCCUUGGGUCCCCAACCUAGAACCCGUUUCCAUAGCGAUGAACCUGUUUCCAUAGCGACUGUCCUGUUUCCAUAGCGACGGUCCCUGCCUCACUCGGGUCACUCUGGGUGACGCUCCAUCACAAAACCCUUUCCCCGAGUGAUGGUCCCCAGCUCGCAAGGGUCAGGCUCGGAGACUUGGGUCCCCAACCUAGAAUCCGUUUCCAUAGCGACUGCCCUGUUUCCAUAGCGACGGUCCCUGCCUCACUGCGGUCAGCCUGGAUGACGCUCAGGACUCCAUCACAAAACCCGUUCCUCGAGUGAUGGUCCCCAGCUCGCAAGGGUCAGGCUCGGAGACCCUUGGGUCCCCAACCUAGAACCCGUUUCCAUAGCGACGAACCUGUUUCCAUAGCGACAGUCCCGUUUCCAUAGCGACGGUCCCUGCCUCACUGGGGUCAGGCUGGGUGACGCUCGGGACUCCGUCACAGAGCCCGUUCCCCGAGUGAUGGUCCCCAGCUCGCAAGGGUCAGGCUCGGAGACCCUUGGGUCCCCAACCUAUAACCCAUUUCCAUAGUGACGGUCCCGUUUCCAUAGCAACUGUCCUGUUUCCAUAGCGAUGGUCCCUGCCUCACUGGGCUCAGGCUGGGUGACGCUCGGGACUCUGUCACAAAACCCAUUCUUUGAGUGAUGGUCCCGAGCUCGCAAGGGUCUAGCUCGGAGACUCUUGGGUCCCCAACCUGCCCUGUUUCCAUAGCGACAGUCCCGUUUCCAUAGCGGUUCCUGCCUUGCAGGGGUCUUGCUGGGUGACCCUCGGGACUCCGUCACAAAACCUGUUCCGCGAGUGAUGGUCCCCAGCUCGCAAGGGUCAGGUUCUGGAGACCCUUGUGUCCCCAACCUAAAACCCAUUUCCAUAGCAACGGUCCUGUUUCCAUAGCGACGGUUCCUGCCUCUCAGCGGUCAGGUUGGGUGUACCCAUGGUCCCGGUCGUAUAUCCCCUUCCCUGAGUGAUGGUCCUGAGCUCGCAAGGGCUCGCAAGCGAGACCCUUGUGUCCUCAACCUAGAACCCGUUUCCAUAGCGACGAACCCGUUUCCAUAGUGAUAGUCCCAUUUCCAUAGCGAUGGUCUGUGCCUCAAGGGGUCAGGUUGGGUGAUGUUCGGGACUCCGUCACAGAGCCCGUUCCCCGAGUGAUGGUCCCCAGCUCGCAAGGGUCAGGUUCAGAGACCCUUGAGUCCCCAACCUAGAACCCAUUUCCAUAGCGACGAACCUGUUUCCAUAGCGACAGUCCCGUUUCCAUAGCGAUGGUCCCUGCCUCAAGGGGUCAGGCUGGGUGAUGCUUGGGACUCCGUCACAGAGCCCGUUCCCCGAGUGAUUGUCCCCAGCUCGCAAGGAUCAGGUUCAGAGACCCUUGGGUCCCCAACCUAGAACCCGUCUCCAUAGCGAUGAACUUGUUUCCAUAGCGACUGUCCCGUUUCCAUUGCAAUGGUCCCUUGGGUCCGCAACCUAAAACCCAUUUCCAUAGCAACGGUCCCGUUUCCAUAGCGACUGUCCUGUUUCCAUAGCGAUGGUCCCUGCCUCAAGGGGUCAGGCUGGGUGACGCUCAGGACUCCAUCCCAAAACCCGUUCCCCGAGUGAUGGUCCCCUGCUCACAAGGGUCAGGUCCGGAGAACCUUGUGUCCCCAACCUAAAACCCAUUUCCAUAGCAACCGUCCUGUUUCCAUAGUGACGGUUCCUGCCUCGCAGCAGUCAGGCUGGGUGGACCCAGGGGCCCGGUCCUAUAACCCGUUCCCUGAGUGAUGGUCCCCAGCUCACAAGGGUCAGGCUCGGAGACCCUUGGGUCCCCAACCUAAAACGCAUUUCCAUAGCAACGGUCCCGUUUCCAUAGCGACUGUCCUGUUUCCAUAGCGACGGUCCCUGCCUCACUGGGGUCAGGCUGGGUGACGCUCAGGACUCCGUCACAAAACCCGUUCCCCGAGUGAUGGUCCCCAGCUCGCAAGGGUCAGGCUCGGAGACCCUUGUGUCCCCAACCUAAAACCCAUUUCCAUAGCAUCAGUCCUGUUUCCAUAGCGACGGUUCCUGCCUCGCAGCAGUCAGGCUGGGUGGACCCAGGGGCCCAGUCGUAUAACCCGUUCCGUGAGUGAUUUUCCUGAGCUCGCAAGAGUCUGGCUGGGAGACCCUUGGGUCCUCAACCUAGAACCCGUUUCCAUAGCGACAAACCCAUUUCCAUAGCGAUAGUCCCGUUUCCAUAGAGAGGGUCCCUGCCUCAAGGGGUCAGGCAGGGUGCUGCUCGGGACUCCGUCACAUAUCCCGUUCCCCGAGUGAUGGUCCCCAGCUCGCAAGGGUCAGGUUUGGAGACCCUUGUGUCCCCAACCUAGAACCCGUUUCCAUAGCGACGAACCUGUUUCCAUAGCGACUGUCCCGUUUCCAUUGCGAUGGUCCCUGCCUCACAGGGGUCAGGCUGGGUGACGCUCGGGACUCCGUCACAGAGCCCGUUCCCCGAGUGAUGGUCCCCAGCUCGAAAGGGUCAGGUUCAGGGUCCCUUGAGUCCCCAACCUAAAACCCAUUUCCAUAGCGACGAACCUGUUUUCAUAGCGACAGUCCCGUUUCCAUAGCUAUGGUCCCUGCCUCAAGGGGUCAGGCUGGGUGACGCUCAGGACUCCGUCACAAAAUCCGUUCCCCGAGUGAUGGUUUCCAGUUCGGAAGUGUCAGGCUCGGAGACUAUUGGGUCCCCAACCUAGAACCCGUUUCCAUAGCGACAGUCAUGUUUCCAUAGCAACGGUUCCUGCCUCGCAGUAGUGCAAGCUGGGUGACCCCAGGGUCCCUAGUCGGAAAACCCAUUCCCUGAGUGAUGUCCUUGAGCUUGCAGAGCUCAGGCUGGGUGACCCUGUGCAAGAGCAACUUAUUACUAUUUUUUCUAGAUAGUUUCUAUUAAAGUGUUUAAACAACAAGAGAAAAGACGCAUACACAAUACAUAUAGCAAAGACCCACACCACAAGCGAAGUCAAAGUUCGCAAUGAUAGAACCAGAAACAUAGCAAUUCCAAACAAUAUCUCUUUUCCAUAUCCGUUUUUAGUUACUGAUUUUCUGGACUUCCUCCUACCUCCUCUUGUGGUAUUCCAGAUCCAAAUUGUUGGUCCAGCAAUUUCUUUUCCACGUUUUUAAUCCCAAUCUUCAGCUUUACUAAGAUAUUAAACUAUAUAACUUCAACUUCUUUAAGCCUGAUCUUUAGUCUCUAGUAUCAUAUAACGUUAAAAUUCUUCCUCUUAAUAUCAAAUUUCCAUUUCUAUAAGCAUCUUUAAUCCUAGUCUUUAAUCUUAGUCUAUCAUUAGCUUUAACCGUGUACAGCUGGAGACCGCUUAGUUUCCAGUCCAACACUCACUCCUAACGAUUCCCUAAUCUUGCAAUGUUUCUGAAGAUAGUCUUGUAAAUUUCUUCGCAAUCUUCCUCCAUCGACUCUGUCUCCCUGGUCACUGGAUUCUACCAGUCAUUGCCGCCAAUUCCAUAUAGUCCAUAAGUUUCAUCUGCCAUUCCUCCAGCGUGGGAAGUUCUUGUGUCUUCCAAUACUUUGCGAUAGAGUAUUCUUGCCUGCUGGUUGCUGCAUACAUAAGUGAAAGUUCUAGGGCCCUGUUGAACACCCGUUUGGCCGACUAUGCCCAGGAGGAAGGCCUCUGGUUUCUCCUGUGCAAGAGCAACUUAAAGCCCGUUUCCAUAGCGACGGCCCCUUGCCUUUCAGGGAUCAGGCUGCGUGACCCUUGGGACUCUGUCACAAAACCCGUUUCCUGAGUGAUGGUCCCCAGCUCGCAAGGGUCUGGAUCGGAGACCCUUGGGUCCCCAAGCUAAAACCCAUUUCCAUAGCAACAAAUCUGUUUCCAUAGCCACUGUCCCCUUUCCCUAGCGACGGUCCCUGCCUCACAGAGAUAAGGCUGGGUCAUCCUUGUGACUCCUUGUGACUCUCAGGGAUCAGGCUGGGUGACCCUUGGGACUCUGUCACAAAACCCGUUUCCUGAGUGAUGGUCCCCAGCUCGCAAGGGUCUGGCUCGGAAACCGUUUCCAUAGCAACAGUCAUGUUUCCAUAGCAAUGGUUCCUACCUCACAGGGGUCCGGCUGCAUGACCCGUUUCCUGAGUGAUGGUCCCCUGCUUGCAAGGGUCAGGUUCAGAGAACCUUGUGUCCCCAACCUAAAACCCAUUUCCAUAGCAUCGGUCCUGUUUCCAUAGCGACGGUUCCUGCCUCGCAGCAGUCAGGCGGGUGGACCCAGGGGCCCAGUCAUAUAACCCGUUCCGUGAGUGAUUUUCCUGAGCUCGCAAGGGUCUGGCUGGGAGAACCUUGGGUCCUCAACCUAGAACCCGUUUCCAUAGCGACAAACCCAUUUCCAUAGUGAUGGUCCCUGCCUCAAGGGGUCAGGGUGGGUGAUGCUCAGGACUCUGUCACAGAGCCCGUUCCCAGAGUGAUGGUCCCCAGCUCGCAAGGGUCAGGUUCAGAGACCCUUGGGUCCCCAAUCUAGUGAUGAACCUGUUUCCAUAGCGACUGUCACAUUUCCAUAGCGACAGUCCCUGCCUCACAGGGGUCAGGCUGGGUGACGCUCGGGACUCCAUCACAGAUCCUGUUCCCCUAGUGAUGGUCCCCAGCUCUCAAGGAUCAGUCUCAGAGACUCUUGAGUCCCCAACCUAGAACCCAUUUCCAUUGCGACGGCCCCUGCCUCUCAGGGGUCAGGCUGGGAGACCCUCGGGACUCCGUCACAAAACCGGUUCCUCGAGUGAUGGUCCCCAGCUCUCAAGGCUUCAGAGACCCUUGGGUCCCCAAACUAAAACCCGUUUCCAUAGCAACGGUCCAGUUUCCAUAGCGACUGUUCCUGCCUCGCAGUGGUGAAGCUGGGUAACCCCAAGGGUUGGAUGACCCGUUUCCUGUGAAAAGUUCUUGAGCUUGCAGAGCUCAGGCUGGGUGACCUGUCGGACAGCAAAUUAAAGCCCGUUUCCAUAGCGACAUCCCGUUUCCAUAGCGACGGCCCUUGCCUCUCAGGGAUCAGGCUGCGUGACCCUUGGGACUCUUGGGUCACAAAACUCGUUUCCUGAGUGAUGGUCCCCAGCUCGCAAGGGUCUGGAUUGGAGACCCUUGGGUCCCCAAGGUAAAACCCAUUUCCAUAGCAACGAAUCUGUUUCCAUAGCGACUGUCCCCUUUCUCUAGCGACGGUCCCUGCCUCACAGAGAUAAGCCUGGGUGAUCCUUGUGACUCCGUCACAAAACCCGUUCCCCAAGUGAUGUUCCCGAGCUCGCAAAGGUCAAGCUUGGAGACCCUUGGGUCCCCAACCUAAAACCUUUUCCCACAGCAAUGGUCCUGUUUCCAUAGCAACGGUUCCUGCCUGGCAGGAGUGAGGCUGGGUAACACCAGGGGCCCGGUCGGACAACCCGUUUCCUGAGCGAAGUUUCUGAGCUCGCAGAGCUUAGGCUGGGUGACCUGUGCGGCAGCAACUUAAAGCCAUAGCGACGAACCCGUUUCCAUAGCGACAGUCCCGUUUCCAUAGCGACGGUCCCUGCCUCACAGGGGUCGGGCUGGGGGACCCUCGGGACUCUGUCACAAAACUCGUUCCGCAAGUGAUGGUCCCCAGCUUGCAAAGGUCAGGCUCGCAUCCGUUUCCAUAGCUACAGUCCCGUUUCCAUAGCAACGGUUCCUGCCUCGUAGGGGUUAGGCUGGGUGACCUUCGGGACUCCGUCACAAAACCCGUCCCCUGAGUUAUGGUUCCGAGUUCGCAAGGGUCAGCCUGGGAGACCCUUGGGUCCCGACCUGUUUCCAUAGCGACUGUCCCGUUUCCAUAGUGAUGGUCCCUCCCAGGGGUCAGGCUGGGUGACCCGUGGCACUCCGUCACACAACCCAUUUCCUGAGUGAUGGUCCAGACCUUGUAGGCAUAUGCUGGGUGACUUUUGGCCCCAAGGUGCACCCCAUUUCCAUAGUGACGGUUCCUGCCUCGCAGGGGUGAAGCUGGGUGACCUCUGGGGUAGGUCUCACAACCCGUUUCCCAAGUGAAGGUCCUGAGCUCGCAGAGUUCAGGCUGUGUGACCUGUGCGGCUCCAACCUGCAUCCUGUUUCCAUAGGGACGGUCCUGUUUCCAUAGUGACAGUUCCUGCCUAGUAGGGAUCAGUCUUGAUCACCAGUUUCCCGAGUGGUGGUCCUGAGCUCACAAGGAUCAGGCUCAGUGACCCUUGGGUCCCCAACCUACAACCAGUUUCCAUAGCGAUGGUCUGGUUUCCAUAGCAAUGGUUCUUACCUCGCAGGGGUCGUGGUGGGAGGAAAAAAUCCUUAAAUAAGAGACAUGGGGGAAUGAUUAAUGGACUUCAAUGUCUGUACACUAAUGUGCAAAGCAUGGGAAAUAAACAAGAUGAGCUUGAGCUCUUGGUACAGCAAACUAAAUAUGACAUAAUAGGCAUCACUGAAACCUGGUGGGAUAAGUCCCACGAUUGGAAUGUAAUAAUGGAGGGAUACAAUCUAUUUCAGAGAAACAGACCAGACAAGAAAGGAGGAGGAGUGGUGUUAUAUGUCAGGGAUGUGUAUACCUGUGAAGAGAUCCAAGAUUUAGAACCUCAAAGCCAAAGUGAGAGCAUUUGGGUCAAAAUUAAGGGAGAGAAGAAUAACAGUGACCUCAUUGUGGGAGUUUACUAUAGAUCCCCAAGACAAACGGAGGACAUCUGUUCCUGGAACAGAUGGCCAAGCAUGCAAAAGGAAGGGAGAUAGUAGUAAUGGGGGACUUCAGUUACCCGGAUAUUUGUUGGAUGUCAAACUCAGCCAAGAGCAUAAGGUCAAACAGAUUCCUCACUGGCCUUGCAGACAACUUCAUUGUCCAGAAAGUGGGAGAAGCAACAAGAGGAACAGCCAUUUUAGAUCUGGUCCUAACCCAUGUUGAUGACCUGGUUAGUGGGGUAGAAGUGGAAGGAUCAUUAGGCGCGAGUGAUCAUGCUCUUCUGAAGUUUACUAUACAGCGGAAAGGAGCAGCCAAGCAUACUAGGACUCAAUUUCUUGACUUUAAGAAAGCCGACUUCAUAAAACUUAGGGAAGUGCUGGGUGAGAUCCCAUGGACAGUAAUACUAAAAGGAAAGGGAGUUCAUGAUGGCUGGGAGUUUGUUAAGAGGGAGAUAGUAAAAGCACAACUUCAGGCAAUACCAAUGAGACGGAAACAUGGAAGGUGCCUAAAGAAGCCAGGGUGGCUACCUAAAGAACUUUUAACUGAGUUAAGAUUAAAAAAGGAUGUGUACAAAAAAUGGAAAGGGGGGGGAACCACCAAAGAGGAAUUCAAACAAAUAGCCAGCACGUGUAGACACAAAGUCAGAAAAGCUAAAGCACAGAAUGAACUCAGGCUUGCUAGAGAGGUUAAAAGCAACAAAAAGGCUUUUAUGGGUAUGUUCGUAGCAAAAGGAAGAACAAAGAAACAGUGGGGUCACUCAGAGGAGAAGAUGGUGAAAUGCAAACAGGGGACACAGAAAGGGCUGAACUCCUCAAUGCCUUCUUUGCCUCCAGUCUUCUCCGAUAAAGAAAACAAUGCCCGACCUGAAGAAUUUGGAGCAAAUGAUUUAGCAGAGGAAACACAGCCCAGAAUAACCAAGGAGAUAGUACAAGAAUACUUGGCUAGUCUAGAUGUAUUCAAGUCUCCAGGGCCAGAUGAACUGCAUCCAAGAGUAUUAAAAGAACUGGCAGAUGUGAUCUCGGAACCACUGGCAGUCAUCUUUGAGAAUUCCUGGAGAACAGGCGAAGUCCCGGCAGACUGGAGGAGGGCAAAUGUUGUCCCUAUUUUCAAAAAGGGGAAAAGAGAGGACCCAAAUAAUUACCGCCCAGUCAGUCUGACAUCAAUACCAGGGAAGAUUCUGGAGCAGAUCAUUAAGCAAACAGUCUGUGAGCACCUAGAAAGGAAUGCUGUGAUCACCAAUAGUCAGCAUGGAUUUCUGAAAAAUAAGUCAUGUCAGACUAACCUGAUCUCCUUUUUUGACAGAAUUACAAGCCUGGUAGAUGAAGGGAACGCAGUGGAUGUAGCCUACCUUGAUUUCAGCAAGGCAUUUGACAAGGUGCCCCAUGAUAUUCUUGUAAAGAAGCUGGUAAAAUGCGGUCUUGACUAUGCUACCUGUCAGGGGUUCAGGGACAGAGGCACAGGGUAGGCAGGAGAUGGAGAGCGAUGGGGAUGAAUCCCAGGACAGCGAGGAAGAGGAUGACAAUGACUCAAGAGAUUCCAUGAGUCUUUCCAGCGAAUCAGAGGAUUCCCAGAGGGGGGCGCCGGUGGUCAAGGCCAGGGAGCCCCAGGGGGACGUGUCAGGAGCAGGGGGCCAGCGGGGAUCCCAAAGUGGCAGCUGGGCGUCAGGACCAGCCUCCCCGCCAGAGUGCAGCGAAGGGGUGGAGGUUCCAGUGUAUCAGGGGAAGCAGCUCCGGCAGCAGAGAAGGGAGGGAGGUCGGAGCAAGCCACCCUCCCGGAAGGAGGGAGUAGUGAAGGGAGUAGUGUAACUGUCAAAAGGAAAGUUAGAGGUUGGGCGCGCGCCAUAGUUCAAAUGUGGAGCGCGCGGAAGUACAGGGAGCCCGGAGGAGGAGCCAGGUCCCAAAGCCUGCAGGAGGGGGCAAGAGCAAUCUGGGGAUUCCGCGUCAGGGGAAUCCAGGAGGGGCGAAACCCCAGCGGGCAGGAAGACCCUGCGGAAAGGAAAGAGAGGAAGAGGUGGAGCAGCGCAAGCCUCUUAAACUGGUGCAGGGGAGGGACUGACUCAGAGGGGACUUCAACGGUCUAAGGGUAACAGACGUGGGGCUGCGCGCCUCGGAUGUGAAGCAAACAAUGAACUCCAAUAAACACUUUUGUAUAUAAGAAGAAAUUGGUGUUGGUCUUUUGUGAGCUGAGACUUGAGGCAGCCCUGACACUACCACUCAGUGGAUUUGUAACUGGCUGACUGACCGAACCCAAAGGGUGCUCAUCAAUGGUUCCUCUUCAUCCUGGAGAAGAGUGACUAGUGGGGUGCCACAGGGUUCUGUCUUAUUCAACAUCUUUAUCAACGACUUGGAUGAUGGACUCAAGGGCAUCCUGAUCAAAUUUGCAGAUGAUACCAAACUGGGAGGGUGGCUAACACCCCAGAGGACAGGAUCACACUUCAAAACGACCUUGACAGAUUAGAGAACUGGGCCAAAACAAACAAGAUGAAUUUUAACAGGGAGAAAUGUAAAGUAUUGCACUUGGGCAAAAAAAUGAGAGGCACAAAUACAAGAUGGGUGACACCUGGCUUGAGAGCAGUACAUGUGAAAAGGAUCUAGGAGUCUUGGUUGACCACAAACUUGACAUGAGCCAACAGUGUGACGCGGCAGCUAAAAAAGCCAGUGCAAUUCUGUGCUGCAUCAAUAGGAGUAUAGCAUCUAGAUCAAGGGAAGUAAUAGUGCCACUGUAUUCUGCUCUGGUCAGACCUCACCUGGAGUACUGUGUCCAGUUCUGGGCACCACAGUUCAAGAAGGACACUGACAAACUGGAACGUGUCCAGAGGAGGGCAACCAAAAUGGUCAAAGGCCUGGAACGAUGCCUUAUGAGGAACGGCUAAGGGAGCUGGGCAUGUUUAGCCUGGAGAAGAGGAGGUUAAGGGGUGAUAUGAUAGCCAUGUUCAAAUAUAUAAAAGGAUGUCACAUAGAGGAGGGAGAAAGGUUGUUUCCUGCUGCUCCAGAGAAGCGGACACGGAGCAAUGGAUCCAAACUACAAGAAAGAAGAUUCCACCUAAACAUUAGGAAGAAGUUCCUGACAGUAAGAGCUGUUCGACAGUGGAAUUUGCUGCCAAGGAGUGUGGUGGAGUCUCCUUCUUUGGAGGUCUUUAAGCAGAGGCUUGACAACCAUAUGUCAGGAGUGCUCUGAUGGUGUUUCCUGCUUGGCAGGGGGUUGGACUCGAUGGCCCUUGUGGUCUCUUCCAACUCUGUGAUUCUAUGAUUCUAUGAUUCUAUGCUUGGGACUCCAUCACAAAACCCCAGUGAUGGUCCUCAGCUCGCAAGUGUCAGGCUGAUUGACCCUUGGGUCCCCAACAUGCAACUUACAACAUACAACUUGUUUACAUAGCAAUGGUCCUGUUUCCAUAGUGACGGUCUCUGCCUCUCAGUGAUCAGUAGCCUCAGUGAUCUGCCUCUCAGUAACCCUUCGCAGGCGUAGGCUGGGUGACCUGUGCAGCCGCAACACACAACCCAUUUCCAUAGCGAUGGUCCCAUUUCCAUAGUAACAGUUCUUGCCUUGCAGGGGUCAGGCUGGUUGACACUUGGGACCUCUUCGCACAACUCGUUUCCCGAGUGAUGGUCCUGAGCUCUCAUGGGUCAGGCUGCGUGACCUGUCCGGCCGCAAUGUAUAACGUGUUUCCGUAGUAACAGUCCUGUUUCCAUAGUACGGUUCCUGCCACGUAGGGGUCAGACUGGGUCACUUGGUAUCCCGUCACACAUCCCGUUUCCCGAGUGGUAGUCCUGAGCUCGAAGGGGUUUGGCUGGGUGACCUGUCGGACCCUAACAUAUAACCCGUUUCCUUAGUGAAAGUAUUGUUUCCAUAGUGAUCAUUCCUCCCUCACAGGGGUCAUGCUGGGUGACUCCUGUGGCACCGUCUCACAACCUGUUUCCCGAGCGGAGGUCGUGAGCUUGCAUGUGUCAGACUGGAUGACCCUUGGGUCCCCAACCUAGCACCCGUUUCCAUAGCAACGGCCCUGUUUCCAUAGUGACAGUUUCUUUUUCAUAGGGGUCAGGCUCGGUGACCCUUGGGACUCCAUCACACAACCCGUUUCCUGAGCGAAGGUCCUGAGCUCGCUGAGGUCAGGCUGGGUCAUGCUUGGGUCCCCAACCUAUAACCCAUUUCCAUAGCGAUGGUGCCAUUUCCAUAGUGACCCCUCCUGCAUCAAAGGGGUCAGAGUGCGUGACCCCUGGGAUCCCGUUGUACAACCCAUUUCCUGAGUGACGGUUCUGGCCUUCCAGGGAUCAGGCUGGGUGACUCCUGGGCCCCAUCACAGAACCGGUUUCCUGAGUGAUUUUUACAGCUUCACAGGGGUCAGUCUAGGUUACCUCUGUUUCCAAUGGGGCCCCAGCCCAACCCCUGUGAGGCCGGAAUCGUCGCUAUGGAAAUGGGUGUUGAAUGGGGCCCCAGGGCUGACCCAGCCUGAUCCCUCCGAGGCAGAUAAGACACCAGGAACUUCUGGAGGUGCUGAAAAGCAGAGGCCCAAUAUCUAGAUGGUAGCCAGAUGUUCAACUAAAACUAUACAUCUGCACAAUCCUUGAAAUUGAAGCAGUACUAUGAUAACUCCCUGCCAUAUUCCCACCAGACGCUGCACCAUCACUCAAUAAUUAGGCUGGAAGGUAUAUUUUUUAAAUCCCCCAAACCCAUACAUAAUAGUCUUGAUAUCCAGGAUCUCCAGUGUUCACCCAGAAGCAAAGCCUCAGGUAAGCAAGUUUGUUUCAUUUACUUUUGUCUGGAGGUGAUUCCAUCUGUCCACAUGCAGCUCCUGAAGAGGCUUGGAUUGCUCUGAGAAUGUGUGCUUUUAUUUUGGUAAAUGGUAUAUACAUUUUUGAACAGCUACAGCAAGAACAACUAAGUGCCUAUGGAACCUUAUGGUCCAUCACACUGAUAAUGGCAUAAGCAUUAAGGAAUGGAGUUAUAUACAUGAGUCUGGUAAAAAAACACAGGUUCAGAUGGAAAUGAAAUGCAAAUAAUGUUGUUUGUGAUAAUUAUGCUAAAUAAGAACAGCCACUUUUAGAUCAAUAGUCUUGGGAGGCUGUGAUGUUCUGUCACUGGUUUCUGAAUAUUGGGUAUUUGGUUUCUGAUGUUAAAUCUCUGUCCCUUUUUUACAUGAAGAGUGAUCUGUUUUUCUUAUGUUAGACGGCAGAAAGACAUCACUGAUAGAUGCCAUUGUGGCGUUUGCCUCCUAGGAUGGGUCAAGGAAAGGGUUAAAAGGGGUGUGAUGUGAUUGGCCAGUGAGAAUGCAAGGGGGGAGCAAAAGAUAGAGUGGGAGGUUUUGAAAGUCAGUUGAGGUUUGGGAGUUGGGAGUUGAGGCUUGGGUGUUGGAGAAGGAAAAGGGAGGCUUAGGUGUGGGUUGGCAGAGUUGUAUUGUGAGAGGGUGAGAGGAAUUGUUAGGUUGAGUCAGAUAGAUAGUUGGGAAUAAUUCAGUUUGGAGUUGUUAGGAACUAAGAUUAGGAAACUGACAAGAGAAAAAUAAACCGAAACCAUACGCUUGUUCCUGCAUUUAAAAAUAAACUUGAUUAUUUGUUUAUGUUAACAACUGUCUGGACUCCGUGUGUCCCCGUGAGAAGCGGGGUGGUGGCAGCGAAGAAAGCAGUCGCAGUGGUGGCACAGGGUCAAUAGACCGUGAAACGUCCGGGGGCCCUGUGUGAUCGCCACAGCCAUGUAUGCUAAAGAAUACAGUUUAGGAUUUGAUAUUGUCAAAAUAAUACUAAUUUUUGUUUGUUUUUUCCUACAGCCAUUGGGUGCUGGGAAGUAUAUAUUUGAUAUUGGAUGUGAACAACAUGGCGAAUACAUCCACGAGGUAAACACUACAAAUGGUAACAACUGGAGAACCCAUUCAUUAUAUAUCUUAGAACUAAUGAGUGACUGAACAAUAGCCUGAUUGAGAAAUAGGACCUUUGCUGUACAUCUAAGUGCAAGAGUAACAAUUCUACUUGCUUGCAAUGCUUAAUUCAUAUAGACUUGCAUUCACCAGGUGAGAAGGAUAGAUACUCUAUUCUUUCAGCCAGUUGCUGUUAGCAAUCCCAGGGGUGCUUCCAAUUGGUGUUUGUUGAGCAUUCGUUCAGAUUUGUUCACAUCUAUUUUCUUACCAUACUUUCUGCAGUAAGAUAAACAGCCACUAGAUGGUGGUAGCAUAUAACGGCUGCACAAAUUAGGAUGCACAAAGAAAUCAGAAUAAACGCCCAUGGAUUCCACACAGUACCUGCUUGCUAUCCUCCCAACUCCUUUUGCUAUGUUCACAUAAACACUGGGGUUAUCAUAAGAAAUAUCUAAUGAUAGUAAGACUUUGGCACCUGUACUUUCCAGCAUGACUGGACUUUCGUUCCGUGAGUGUUGUGAAUGCUUAGCCUCCAGGAUGAGAACCAGAUUCUUGAUAUGUGUAUUCCUGUUAUUGGCACCUGACAUGAAUGACUCUCAUAAGCUUGCUGUUUAGCUUUCAAUGAAUAGAGUAUUAUUCUUUUGAAAAAAAUGAUUAAAUACUGCCUUUAAAAUCUGUAACUCAAAUCUGAAUAUUAAUAUAUUUUAUUAAGUAGUGAACUGUGAAUUACUAGUAUUCAAAUCUGCAAAAGUUGUUGAAUUCAAGAUCUGAUAUUAAUGUUCUUGCCCCUUAUUUCUAUCCUGCAAAAUAGGCAAUGGCCUUCUGUACAGGGCUAUGGGGAGGAAUCGGCCUUUGGCAAAGCAUAUUACAAACUAUGGCUCCAGUUUUCCAAAACUGAAACAUUCAUUUUAAAAAUGUAUUCUACGCUUUGUGAAUCUUGUGCUGCAAGCCUCACUUAUUCAAUGAAUGCGCGUUUCAUUAUUUUCAACAAAUUUGUGUUUUGUUUCUUCUUCUGCAAAUGGAAGUUUUUGACUUUGUAUAGUGGAAUUCAUAGUUCACUUUGAUUCCCUUUCCACAACUUGCCUAGCUCAUGCAAACCAAAAGCAGGAGAAGAGGCAGCAAAGAACUGCCUUCUGUGCAGAACUAUGAGAAGCAACCAAUCAUUGAAGCCUUUAUCUUCAAGCAGCCUAGUACAACAGAGGUGCCCUCUGGCUUUGAAAUGGAGUGUUACUGCAUGGUUUGCUUGCAUGUGACAUAAGUUAGAAAGGCAUUUGAGGGUAUGGGGGGCAGAAAUUAAUCCUUUAGAGCAUUGGUUGAUAUUAUAUACCUAUAAUUUGCAUUUUAAUAUAUAUAUUUUAAUACAACUACUUAUUCUUGCAAUCUCUUGCAGACUUUUAUUAUUAAUGGCACUAUUCCGUUUGUGUACCCUGCAAUAUUGGGGGAAAUAAUUCUUUGUGCCCUAGAGUUUCCAGAUAGCAACAUGGAUAUAUUGUUAGGUUAUAGUGAACGUCUGGAGCAGUGCAGUAGCAUGGGGAGGAUGGUGGCAAGGAAGACUGAUUGGGUGGGCUCACUGCUGGGAUGGCCAGUAGCAUGCAUACCUAAAUAUUACUGGUCCUUUGGGAAGAAUGUUUGAGAGGCUGUGCAAUAAAGAGACGUUAAAAGGAUUCUUAUCUGCACUUCUCAUAUAGCACUUACAAAUGUACUGCUAUGUCUUAUUAUUAACGUUCGUUUUAUUUCUAUACCUCCUUAUAGUUUCAAGAAAAAAAAAUCAAAGCUGUUUACAACCUACAUCAAAACAUCAAAUAAAACAUAACUGAAGAAAGUUUAAUAUAAAGUAUACAUUCAAAGGAACAUAAUUAACAUGACUAAAAUAUUAUCUUAAAGAUUUCAAACUAAAACAUUGCAAAGGAGGUAAAUACAGAAUGCACAUUUAACACAGUAAAGUUAGCAAACAAAAAUUGUCUUAAACAUUUCAAAAGAAAGCAUUACUAAAUGAAAUCAAAUAUAAAAUGCACAUCUGAAACAGUAUAAUUAACAAGAGAAUAAAACAUUAUCAUAAGCAUAGAACAUAUCUGCUGCUGCUGCUCUUAGGCUCAAUGACUAAGAGACAGCUAAGAUAGUCUUACAAAUCAUACAAAUGAAGAUGUUGAUAAAUCUUAAGGGCUGCCUUGGAUGUAAUGGCAAGUCAUAGCUUCCUUCUAUAUGCACCUGCAUAAGCCUCAAACUUCUCCCUGCCACAAGGAUGUGCUCAAAAGCUGUCACUUCAAAACUAAUCACAAUUUGCUAUUACAUCCAAUAGUAGCGGAUGGUGUGGCAGAGCUGCCUUCAAGCACCAGAGUUGCAGCAAAUUACCUGGCUGGUGGAGGGGGUGGCGGCAAGGUUGGGGCUAUGCAGACACACCGAUGGAAGUGCUGGAUUGGCUCCACCAGUGUGUCCAUGCAGCCCUGCCACACCCCAGCACUGUCCAGGUAAGCUGCAGCUACACCAGUGUUGUAAGGGCAGCUCUUCUCCACUGCACCAGCUUCUACUGACAUCCAAACUUGGUUCUGUUAGAAACCAUAGUUUCAGGUGUAUUUGGGAACAAUACCACUCAGUCUUUACCUCGAUAAGACAAGUUUGUACCAUCAUACAUAGGAAAAUAGCUGACAUGUAACAAGUAAACCUAUGCUGGUCAACCCGGCCAGAUGGGUGGGGUAUAAAUACAGUCGUAUCUUGGAUCCCGAACGCCUUGCGACUCGAACAUUCUGGCUCCUGAAUGCCGCAAACCCAGAAGUGGGUGUUCCGGUUUGUGAAUGUUCUUUGGAAGCCGAAUAUCAGGGGCGGCUUCCGCUUGAGUGCAGGAAGCUCCUGCAGCCAAUCAGAAGCCGCACCUUGGUUGUCGAACGUUUUUGGAAGUCGAGCGGACUUCCGGAACGGAUUCCAUUCGAGAACCAAGGUAUGACUGUAAUAAAAUUAUUAGUAGUACUAGUAGUAGUACUGUGGGCAUCAGACAAGUGUCUCUGGGGAGUGUAUCCUGCAACCAGGGUGCCUGUGCCACAAAGCUCUGAUUUCUAGUCAUUGCAGCAAGAUGGCAGCAAUUAGAGAAGGGCCUCUCAGAACAGCUGUUUAAAAGCUGGCAUGUGUUGUAGCGAAUGUCUAUAACAGAGGCUGGAUCAGGAUUCCUUCUGGAUCACUUUGAUGGGGCAUUGGAGCAACCAAAGCUGUUAACAAAGACUGUGGUGUUGAUGUGGGCCUGUGUAUUGUUGCAGGUUGAAAGAAGGGUGUGUGUGUGUGUGUGUGUGUGUGUGUGUGUGUGUGUUUAUAAUGAAACAGAAAUAUGUUAUGAGUUAUAGGACUGGUCAUUUCCUUUUUCAUUCAAAUCUGUAUCCUGGAUAUUCAUCUGAUCUUCAGGAAAAACCAGAGGAAGAAGAGGAAGAAGAAGUUAUGGCUCCAUCUAUUCCAAAAUGGAAAGCAUCAAAAAUUACUGCCCUAACACUCUGGGCACCUGAAGAACCACCUCCCCCUCCUCCAGCAGUAGAGGUUGCAAUAGUUGAAGAACCAACACCUCCAGGUUUGUAUUUUGCUGCAGGAUCAACCCUUUAUUCACUGAAGUGGUCCAUCUACUACAUUCAUUUCAAUGGGUCUCACAUUUUGCAACAUUAGUGAGAUGUAAUGUUUUAUGAUACUGCACUAUGCAGGAAUUUCUAAAUAAAAUUAGGUCCAGGAGCAUGGAGGAUAUAUCCCACCACUCAGUUUGGAAUGUGCUGCGUGAUAAUACCUGUGCAUGGAGAAAUUCAGAGAUUGUUUGACCCGCAUAGGUGAUUGGAACUUUCUUAGAUAUAGGGGACGUCAAUGCGAUCUCCUGUGUGGCAUGGCAACAGAGGUUUACAAAACAUGCACACAGAUUGAGGGUAUAUUCAAAUAUGGGGGGGGGGGAUCAAUAAUAAAGCCCCGUUAACUCUAUAGCCAAGGCAGAAUGAUGUUUUCGCUCAAGAGCCAUAUUCUCUUAUGGCUAUAUGCUGGUGAUGGGUGGACCCAAAGGAAAGUGGGGUUCCUCACACGCUCUCUUUCAUGCACACACAUGCCCACACACAUCUGUUAGCAUACAUUCAUGUACAUACACAAAAUUCAUAUAUGUCACACACAUACAUAUUCAUGCAUAUACACAUUCACUUGCUGGUAAAUAAACUUUUUAAAAAAGCCUCCCAUUGUGACAAUGACUGGCUUUCUCAAGCUUUAUUGCCAUGCAGGAAGCAGGUAUUUGAGGAAGGGGGACGGUUGCCACAUGAGGAGAGGGUUCCUUGCUGUGACUCCCCCACCCCCUUAAAAUCUCCCUCCCUCUCCCCCAUAGUGCGACUAUGGCACUUGGGGGGAAAAAACUAUCCCAUGGGAAGGUUGGUUAAAUUCCAAAGGCCUGGGUAAACAGAAGGGUUUUUAUCUUGUCCCAAAAUGAGGCUGAUGUGGAGAAAAACCAAAAAUAAUUUAGAAAAGCUUGAUAUGGGAAGGAAGCUGAUGAUGACUAUCGUAGGACCAGAAUGUUGCCUCAAUAACUUGUAACCUAAAUGAAGCUAAUAAGCAGGGCAGCAAUGCUUUUGUUCUUCUAACAUUUUAUUUUUUCUUUCUGUUUUCCACGUCAGCUGAUGACACUGCAACUGAAGUUCCUUCUGAAACUACUGAGCAACCUGCAGAGGCAACAGAGCCCACUGAAGAGACAUCUCCUCCUAAAGAGGCUGAGGAAGAAGAUGAGACAGCUAAAGAAGAGCAAGGUGAGGGCUAGUGCAGGGGUCAGCAAACUUUUUCAGCAGGGUCCACUCUCCAUUUUUUCACCACUGUCCCGCAGACCUGGGGGGGAGGGCUGGACUUUAUUUUGAGGGGGGGGGGAGAACAAAUAACUAUGCCCCACAAAUAACCCAGAGAUGCAUUUUAAAUAAAUCACACAUUCUACUCAUGUAAAAACAUGCUGAUUCCCAGACCGUCCACGGGCUGGAUUUAGAAGGCGAUCCUGCCCCCAGGCCUUAGUUUGCCUACCCAUGGGAUAGACAGAAGGUGCAGUGAGUGAUUAAGCUGCUCCCUUGCUUAGACGGGAUAUUGGCAUCCUAUUUUUUCCUUGUACCUAGAGGUGUACUGCCCUUGUACAUAGAGAUUCCAUUUUGUUAUCAUGGACAAUAAAGUUGACAAAAAAUGUUCUUUGUGGAAACAGACACAUGGAUAACAACGUAAAGACAUAGCUACAUCUAACCCAGCAAGGCUUUGCAAGGGUUACCUGCUUGCAAAGUCACACAAUCUAGUCCACAGUGCUCCACUGCAGUACAGUGCUGCAAAAAAAUAAAAAAGAAGCUAUAAAGCCCAGCUGGCUCCCUCUGUCCAAGGCUACAGGAAGGUGGUAGAGGGAGGCUCCCAUCCUUUUCUGUCCCAUUGGCAUCAAUGGGAGGAAAAGUCACUACAUCAGCUCCUGUUCAACCACAAAGCUGCACUUAGGACGGGGCAUAAGACGCCUUGGCCAGCUUUAUGAUUCUGGUCUGGUGGUUUUUUAAUUCUGUGUUUCUAUAGUGUGAGUUACAAGCCUGAUAUUUCAGAAAUAAAUAAUCAUCCCUGUUGUACUUCUUUCCCUCCAUUUCUUUUUUUGCCACAGCUGCAGUCAUAGCAGAAGAAAAAGAGGAGGAACUUGAGGCCCAGGACUAAAGGAAAGAAGUGACAAAUGUUGCAUACAAAGAAAUGAAGCUCAAUCCAGUCAAGGUUAAGUCCUGCUGGUUUUAAUUGAGGUAUACUCACAUGCUUAACUCUCCCAUUGAAACCAGUGGGACUUAAAAGUAGUUGAUUUUGAUGGGAUUGUGCCCAUACUCCUUUGGCAGUGCACUUAUUAUCUGAACUGCUUCUUUCAUAUUUCAAGGGGCAGCAAUAGUCUCACUGCUGUGGCAAGGGGCAAAAGUCUGCCCUUCCUUCAGCACUCACUUGUGCUCCUCCUCUUCUAUCCUGUCUCCCUGCCAUCAAAUAGGUGGUGGUGGUGCAGAAAUGUUCUUUUUAAAUUGAAAUGUCUUUGAAUAAAAUAUAAGUUUGGUUGUUCUUGAAUCUAUGGUUUCUGGGGUGUGGUUUUUUAAAAUUAUUAUUAAAUACAGAAUAUAGCCGAACCAAGUUAGACUGUGGGCAUUUUGCUUUUGCUUUUCUGUAAUGGAAAAGAAAACCUGCAUUGACUAGAUUGUACUUUUGACUUAAAACUGUUCUCUUCCACGUUUGAUCCUAUGUUAGCAACAGUGAUGUUUUCAUACACAUAGGUGGUGUAAAUGUUAAGCUACAAUUUAGCGCUAUACAAAUGAUGCUGAGUGACCCUGGCACUCAGACACCUCCUUCUCCCUGGUGCAUUUCUUCCUCCCUGUGGAGGAAAUAAGAAGCUUUAAGGCUGCAGUGAGGAAGAAGUGCAGGUGGCUAGAUUGGGGGGACCAAGGGAGCAGAAGACAUCUGUGGCGUUCGUACGGAGCCCCCGGUCGUCUCACGGACUAUUGACCUGUACACCACUAAUCUGCUGUCACCAACCAGGUCCUCCCUGGUAAAACACUUAGUCUCAGUCAGUUUCUUAAGUUAACAAAGAAGAGUGUAGUUUAUUGCAAAUACAAAUAAACUUUAACCGCAUUCAAAACGUUGUUACUCUUUACCUUCUUAGUCUUAUUUUAUCCUGUCUCUAACUCUUCUACCUCCCCUCACACCAGAACCAACUGCACUGUCUCUCUGUUUCCAGCUGUCUGCCAACUGCUUUCCCAACUGCCUUUCCCAACCAACCAACCCCACUAACUCACACCCAAACAUUGGGCUAAGCCCCUUUUAUAAACAGGUAGGCUCCGCCUCUGGCUUUUCUAUUGGUCUACCUAUUAACUCUUUCUCUCCUCCUGUACAGACAUUUUCAAACGAACUGGCAAAUGCCACAACAUAUCAUCUGGUCCCUCCUCAAACCUGGCAGCACCUUGGCCAUGCCCAGACACUUGGAUGCCAACCACUAAAUCAAUAAAGCUUCGAUCCCCCCUUUUCCUCCACUAAAAACACAUACAGUUUUCCUUUGGAACUGCCCUGUUAGCUGUAAUAGGGUACUCAGAAAUAAAUGACGACUGACUCAUGUACUACAUUUUUAUCAGGGAAAAAAAUAAAAAUUACAAAAAAUACACAUGAUAAAUACAAAUAUAUAUUUUAAAAACAUGUUGAUACAAAACAUGCUACGCUGAGCUGCCAAUAGAUUUCUGCAGAUUGGCUGCAGUGAGCCAGGUGUAUUCCAAAUGAGGUUUUCAAACAGUUAUGUCAAGUGCCUUCAUUUUUGUUUUGGUCCACUAGAUGUCAUCCUAGAUUUGCUAUACAAGCACUCUCAAAUUGCAGAUUUAAGAACAAAUAUUCAAACUUCUGUCAACACCUGGUGUCAUCAUUCCAAAGUCAACAAAGUUACCCACAAGCUUUUAUGGUGCCUCAGGACUAUAGAUCAGACUGCUUGUCCUCAGCAUUUUAAUCUACUUUCAUGCAAUGGCUCAUGGCUCCAAAUCCCGAUUUCAUUCAGGCCAAGUGUGGCAGCCACUUCCGGCAGCUGAGUUUGAAUGUAGUGAAAGGGCAGGCAAUUGUUAGUUAUUUAAUUCAUUAUUGUAUCUUUAUACUCCCAGGGAGAGACACUUGUGGGAUUUUCUGCCUUGGGUGUGUGCCAUUUUCUGUUCUAUCUCUGGCAGCCAAAUGAGGCCAUAGCCAGCCCUGAGGCCAUAGUCUGCGUCUCAGAAAUGAUGUAUAAAGCACAUGUGAGAUACUCGCUUGUAGGGUUUUCCAGAAGAACAUGAUUAUAAAACCCCCAAAGAAGAUGCAUGCUUUGUUGAGAGAAAGCGCAGGGCCCUUACAGAGGAGGCACUGUGCAGAUAUUUUGGCAGUUCUCUCUGAUUGACCAGGGUUGAAAAAACCAGCAGCAGAGCAGAAACCUCUUUACUGAUAUUCUAAGGCACUUCCAGACAGUCACAAUUUUGUGAGUGGGAUUCAAGAGCAUAUCAGCAAACUCAUGUUAUGCAACAAAAGUAAACUUGGAACUCUUGAGCAGCAAACCUGCUUUAAAAAAUUGGACUUUUUGCAGAAAGGAAAUUAAUAGGGGAAUGGACUGAAAAGUGUGGGAUUGUUUGAUGCAGCAUUG